CGUCUUUCCUUCUUUAACUCAAGCUACCGUCUCUGUAUCUAGUGCGAGCUCAUCUUGGAUGCCACGAACAAGUGGAUAAAGAUCUGAGAACAUUCGUUGAUUCUACCUCAUCACUCUGAUUUCCUGCGUAUCUACUCUAGACUAGCCAUACUACUAUCUACUCCAGACCACUAUCUAUUUUUACACCGUCUACACAGCCUAUAGCAAGCAUCUAUAUCUACUACAACUACACCACUGUCUGCAACUACAUCAUAGCCCCUCUUCUGUCAAGCCGUGAUGUUGUUGAUCAACAGAAACUCCAACUCGAAGCUGCUGGCUCAGGAGUCGCGCCAACAUGUGGGUGAGCCCUCGUUGACGCCAGCUUCAACGCAUCCUACUCCACUAGUCACAGCAUCUUCCGAUCACAUCCAGAAACACGGAACACAGACUCCGGCAUCGGCACCACUAUCGACGGUGUCUUCCAUCACACUGUCCAAUCCCAGUCAUAACCAUAACCAUAAUCCACCAGAGAAGAAACUAAUGCCCAAGCUCAACUUCGGCGGCUUGUUCAAACGGCUCGGCGGCUCACAGAGCAACACAAACAGCACAAAUGCCAGCUCCGUUAACGUCAACAUCAAUGGAAAUAAUGUAGGCUCUGUACUAAAUGUAGGCUCCACAAAUCACAAACAAAAUAAUCAUCCCAGUGAUAAUGUCAAUAUCAAUAAUGAUACUUUUCGUUUAGCAACAGCUGAAGACGAUGAAAUUGUCAAUGAGUCGUCGUCUGGAUCUGACGCUAGGAACCAAGAAGCCACCAUAGUCAUCACCAGUGCUGGAAGCUCUAAUACAGAAUCUAAACUCAAGAGCCAUGCUACGUCUAUUUCGUCUUCGACAACAGCUACGGACGAUUUUGAUCAAAAACAAAACAUUGUAGCUACACCCAAGUCGAUUCUUGAUGACGCUAACCAUAUUACCAUCAUCCCCAGUUAUGAUGAUGAGGAUGAAGAUAUCAUGGAAAAUGAAGACGAAGACGAAGACGAAGUCGAUGAAGAACAAAAUUCAAAUGACUUUGCUAAUGAAAAUGCCAACGAUAAUUAUUAUGACCAACAUCUCAACCUUCCUGGUUCUACCAUCAAGGAUCGUAAAAAGAGAAUGUCUACGGCUUCUAGCACCUUGACUUCUGGUUCCGUGAACAACUCUAAUCUUCUCACCUCAGACUACAUUAACAACUAUACCCACCACAUCAAUGACCAGGAGCGGUACACUUCGUUCACAGCGGAGUGCAUUUCGUUGCAGAACAGCGAAAUGACCUCACAUCUCGAUGUAGACAGCGAAAACCAGCUGAUGAUCAUCAACACCAUUGCUACACCUCCUGGAGAUGGCUUUUUUGAUCCUUCUCAGACCGCUGGAGGUGUCUACAGCUUCAACACAAACUCAACAGCCACUAGCUCUCAGCCCAAUCUGGAGCCUGCUCCAAAGCAUUCGGAAGAUUCCGAAGAAGCAGACGAGUUCGACGAGUACGACAGCUUCAGCGAUCCAGCUGCGUAUCUUUCAGAGCUGGAGUCGGAUUUGAAUUUUGACCCGAAAAACGAAGAAAACGAGUUUGACUACAAGGUAGGAGGAUACCAUCCAGUGACGAAAGGGGAAACAUACUACCUGAAGAACUUUCCCCAGAGAGAGUAUAUCAUAUUGCGUAAACUUGGCUGGGGCCACUUUUCUACUGUAUGGCUAGCCAAAUCAAGAUACAAUCCUGGUUUAGCCAACGUGUCAGACAUGCCAACUUCGCUUGUAGAUACUAGCGAAUAUUAUGUAGCCAUCAAGUUUGUAAAGUCCAACAAGAACUACUUGGAAGCAGCUGAAGAUGAGAUCAAAAUCCUCAAAUGCUUGAACGAUCCUAUCACAUAUGGCAAUCAUCUUGGUUUCAAGCAUAAACAGUAUUUCAGCACAACUGUCACACAUCCACAGGCUCAUCCCGGAUAUAAGCAUAUCAUGACUUUGAUAGACGAUUUCCAGAUCGUUGGACCUCAUGGAAACCAUAUUUGUAUGGUUUUUGAGAUUUUGGGCGAGAACGUAUUGAAUUUGAUUUACAAGUACAAACAAUUCUACAACAAUGUUCAGCUGCAGAUAAAGAAGAAUUCAGAGUGCCCCAGUAUCCAAGAAGAAAAGUAUUCCAAUCCUGAGUCUAAUAGCAUGAAAUUCAGCAAAUGGGACACCCGGAUCUUCUCUAAGAAGAAGAAUUCCAAGUCAAUGUUGAGUUUAGGUUUAAACCUCAAGAAGUCCUCGUUUGCGUCUGAGAGCGAUGAAGAUUUGGACAAGAAGAUCAAAAACAUGAACUCCGAGUCGUUGAUGAAGUUGAUCGAGAAGUCUAAGCAGUUGAGUGGAAUCCCAUUGAAUCUUGUCAGACAAAUAGUGAAGCAGAUUUUAUUGGGGAUGGACUAUAUGCAUCAUUGUGGAGUUAUUCACACAGACUUGAAGCCUGAAAACAUUCUUAUUGAGAUCAAGGACAUCGACAAGCUUAUUAAACUGAUCGAGCAUCAGAAAGUGUCGAAAAUGAACUCGGCUUCUGCCAGUAACAGUAGAAGAUCUUCUUUAUUCCGCAAGAAUUCUUCCAAUUCUACGAAGGUGAUCAAAAAGGUGACUUCUACAUCGUUAUCCAACACACCUAGAAACCAAUCAUUGGCUUCUAAUAACUCCAUUGUGAGCAACUCUUUCUACUAUAAAAAGUCAAAGAAUUCUGCUUUGGGAAAGUAUGAAUCUCCCAUCAGAUCUUCAAAGCCGCUUUGUUCUUCUAUUUCGAGCGAUAUCUUCUUCAAGGAUGUUGAAUUCCAAGAUGAUCAAAACUCUGACACUCAACAUCGUAGGACCCAUUCUUUACCCAAGACUAUCAAGAAGACAGCAGUAGAAUUAACUGGCGCUGCAUCGCUUGUAUCCUCGGUUCAAUCAGAAGAAGAUAACGAGCCUGAGAUUUCGAUCAAAAUUGCAGAUUUAGGAAAUGCUACCUUCACUCAUCACCAUUUUACGAAUCAAAUCCAGACUCGUCAAUACAGAUCUCCGGAAAUCAUCCUCAAGUACAAAACCUGGGGUUCGUCCACAGACUUGUGGUCUAUUGGGUGUAUCAUUUUUGAAUUGAUUACAGGUGAUUAUUUGUUUGACCCUCACGACGGCAAGUACUUUGAUAAGGAUGAAGAUCAUUUGGCACAAAUAGUUGAAUUGUUGGGCGCAUUUCCUUCCGACGAGUACCUCAUUGACUGUAAGUUGACAUCAAAAUACUUCAAAUUGGAUCCGAAGACAAAUCAGAUAAUUUUCAAAAAUAUUGAUAAUUUGAAGUUCUGGGGCUUGGAAGAAGUCUUUAUCGAGAAGUAUAAAUUCAAGAAGGACGACAUCCAGGUUAAAUUGAUAAGUGAUUUGAUUUUAAAAUGCUUACGUUACGGAUUAGACGAUAGAUACGAUUGCCGCUCCUUAAUUAAUCAUCCAUGGCUACGUGAUGAUGCUGAUUUUAUGAAUGCUGAUCAGUUUGAUGUGCCACUAGAAGAAGAACUUCAGAAUAUGCUUAACAUUCAUGACGAUUUCCCUGGCUACACUUGCGUGACAUGCGAAGACAUGGAAGAAGGAGAAUAAACUUAUCCGCACAAUGCAAAUAACAAACAUUACUAUAGAUAUUACAAAAAAGUUGUUGUUUCCAGCUGUCACCAGAGCGAAACAAAUUGUUUUUAUUACAUUUCUUACAUUUAUUUCAAUUACAGGGGGGUUAUUAGUUAUAUUAUAUUUGGCGAAAGAAUAUAGUCGGUUAUUAUACAACAUUACAAGUAC